AAAACCCCCACUGGAAAAUCUCCUUCCUGAAUCCAAUCUCUCAUCUUCUUUGAGCUCCAUUAUCCUCUAAAGGAGACAUGGACUCCCAACCUACCUUUGAUCAGCAUCGGUGGGUGACACGGAUCAGGGAAACACUUGCCCAAGAAUACGACCCCAACAACUGCGAUGAUGAUGCUGAAACACCCGUCUCAAUUUUCAGCGUUUCUAAGUCUCUAAUGGUCACCAAACCAGAAGCUUACAUCCCCCAACAAGUGGCUAUUGGCCCAUGCCAUCAAUGGCGAUCUGAACUCUACGAAAUGGAACGGUACAAGUUCACUGCAGCUCGAAUGUUUCAGGAGCAUCUCCAAGGCAUCACCUUCGAGGGCGUCAUCGGUCAGUUUGCAAAGCUCGAUUUCAAGAUCCGUGCAUGCUAUGAUCGGUACUUUGAUCUAAGUACCGAAACCAUAGCUUGGAUGAUGGCCAUUGAUGGUUCAUUCUUAUUGGAGUUUCUCCAAAUCUACGGUGGUGAUCAAAUGGCUGAUGAUCUCUCUAGGGUCUCUUCAAGGAUGUCCCAAGUGAUCGAUUACACCGGAAAGAGCACGACCCAUAAUGCCAUCCUUAGGGAUAUUAUUAUGUUAGAGAACCAAAUCCCACUUUUUAUACUCAAACAGCUCCUGGGAUAUUGCAAACGUGAAAACCCUUGUGAAGCAUUAGCCAUGAUGUUAAUGGGUCUCUGUGCAUCUCUCUCCCCUUUCGAAAGGGUGGAUGAGUUUCCACUUGGGCAAAAUGAAAUCCUACAAAUGGGUCAUUUGCUCGAACUUCUUUAUCAUGUAUGUGUGCCAAGAAUAGAAGAAAUCCAUGGUCAAGAUGAAACGGUGGGGAAAGAAAAUCCGGAUUCUUUGGGGCGAGUCAGGUACUGGAUGCUUGUAUGUUCCCCUCUCUUGCGACAUCUUCGACGGCUCUUAACAUCGAGAAUGUUGAAAUCUAUUCUAAAAUUUCCAUUCAAAAUCAUCCGUAAGAUUCGCAUGCCUUCUUCUUCAAGAAACAUCCUGAAUGAAGUUGCAACCUUUGAGAAGAAACUAGCCACCCAGCAAGAUAUCGAGAGCUCUCCAAAUACAACGGUACAUCCGUUGAUGGAGGAGAUCAUGAUCCCAAGUGUGGCCCAACUCUCGGAUGCCGGCGUUCGAUUUUGUGCCACUAAAGGCGACAUAAGUUCUAUAAAGUUUGAUAACAUUUCACGCACCAUUCACCUCCCACGCAUCACAUUCGAUGAGAAUACGGAGGUUGUUUUGAGGAAUUUAGUAGCGUUUGAAGCUACAUCGGCAUCUCGGGCCCAAAUUUUUACACGUUACACUGAACUAAUGAAUGGUAUUAUCGAUACCGAAGAGGAUGUGAAAUUACUAAGAGAAGACGGGAUUGUAAUCAACCGUUUGAAGAGUGACAAAGAGGUUGCCGAUCGGUGGAAUGGGAUGACGCGAUCAUUGUUUCUAACAAAGGUGGCCCACUUGGAUAAGGUGAUCGAAGAGGUGAACAAGUAUUAUUCGACCAGGUGGAGGGUUAUAUUUGGGAAGCUGUUGAAGAAGUACGUGUAUCGAUCAUGGCCGUUUCUGACACUAGUCGCAGCAAACCUUUUCCUGGUGUUGACGGCUUUGCAGACGUUUUGCUCCGUCUACGAGUGUGGGGGCAUCCAGGUGAAGAAUAUCGGUGGGGUGAUGAACUCAACUCUCGUUUGAUUCU